GCACAAUCUCAUGAACAUGCCAUAUCGGAUAUCUGCCUCAGGCGGAACUUUUGAAACCUGUUGUUGUGAUGAACCCGGAGGAUCUCAGUGUUGCACAGGUCGGUAUUAAGACAGCACUUUGCAAUUUAAGCCAUGUUUAUUACAUGUACGAUUUAAUGUUUGUGUCAGGGCCAUCUUAGUUGGUUUUUGUAUUGUUUUAAUCAGUGAUGUUUUCGUGACAACCCUGGUUUGAUAUUUGCGGCUUAACCGUACUUGGGUCAUGGGUUAAUAUGAAGCUCAGCUAGCGUUAGCUUCCGCUGAUAGCUCCGAAAAGUUAGCAUCAUGCCGCAGGAGGACAUUUUUGCAGACUCGGUACAGCCUAAUGGAGGAGUUAAGGAGAAAGGAGCCAGGAGCCGGCUCGGCCUCGUCGUCACCGGGGUUGUUGGGGGUACUCUGGUCGCACUGUACGCCGUGGCCGCCCCGUUUGUGGCCCCCGCCUUGAGGAAGUUCUGCCUCCCGUUCGUCCCGGCGACCACGGCUCAGGUGGACAACGUCCUCACUGUGCUGCGGAGGCGUUCAGGGACACUGGUGGACAUCGGAAGCGGAGACGGAAGAAUAGUGAUUGCUGCAGCUAAACAGGGAUUCCAGGCCUCCGGGUUGGAGCUCAACCCCUGGCUGGUGUGCUAUUCCCGCUACAGGGCCUGGAGAGAGGGGGUCCACCGCUCCACUUCUUUCCAUAUCUGUGACUUGUGGAAGGUCAGUUUUGCUCAGUACUCCAAUGUUGUCAUUUUUGGAGUUCCUCAGAUGAUGGACCAGCUGGAACACAAACUUGCGAGUGAGCUGCCGAGCACAGCCAAAGUGGUGGCCUGCCGCUUCCCCUUUCCAACAUGGGUCCCCGAAAAUACAGCAGGGGAAGGCAUAGAUACUGUGUGGGUGUAUGAUGCCAGAACAUUUAACUCCAACCUGCAGCGCGGACCCACAGGAAAAACAGCCCCAGAAGAACGGGACACAACAGAGCCGCACACAUGAGAUCAAAAAGCCCUGACUGUGGUCUUUUUCUCCCUUAAGUGUACAACCUUUGUAAGGCUUUAAGAUGGAUUGAUCCAUGCUCUGUUUUGCUAUAAAACUGAAAAUAAAAGCAAUAAAGGGUGGCUAUUUUUCCAUCUAAAGCUCAACAACAGAGUACAGAUGUGUGCAUGAAGGUAACUUUAAACAUGAUUGUGUUAAGACUGUAAUGGCCCCGUCUGAAAGAAAGCUUUGUGUGUGCUUUUGAAUCAUAAAAAUACACUGUGCUGUCUUUUUUAACUUAUGAAUUUCUAAUUAAAAGAAUAUAUUCUAUCAUC